CGAUUAGUCGUGGUGUAGUCGGUCGACGGCUACGUAAAACUUUACUGAGGAUUUCAGUUUACGUUAUUUACUACUAUGACAUAUAUUAUAUAUCGUACGUAAAUAAUCAACCGUCGUUUCGUUUUUACUAGAUAUCUCUUCAAUGGCUUCGUCGAGUUCAUCGUCGCCGUUGGAAGACUUGGAGACUCAAUUGGAAAUGUUUGUAGAAAAUGUGCGUCAAAUACGAAUCAUAGUGGCCGAUUUCCAACCCCAAGGGCAGACAGUAUUAAAUCAAAAAAUUCAAAAUGCCGUCAGUGGCUUACAAGAAAUUAAUAAACUGAAAUCCAACGUACAAGACAUACAUGUACCUUUGGAAGUAUUUGAGUACAUUGAUAGAGGACGCAAUCCCCAGCUUUAUACUAAGGACUGUAUUGAGAAAGCUUUGCAUAAAAAUGAACAGGUCAAAGGAAAGAUUGAUGCUUUGAAAAAGUUCAAAGCCAAUGUACUCGCAGAUUUGGGACAAACAUUCCCCAAUGAACUCAAUAAGUAUAGAGCAUUACGUAGCAAUUGUUAUGGUACUAGCAGUGUUGUAGCUCCGCCACCACCACCACCUCUAAAUAUGUUAUCAUCUGUCACUUCAUUAGGGGGGCCGAAUUCUCAACAACAACAGCAAAACUUACUUGGAGGAUCAAGUUUAUCAAUUCAACAACAGCAACAACAAUUAAACAACGCUUCUUCCUUAGUGUCCUCUGCCUCUUCUUGUUUAACUAACUCUCAACAGCAAUCAAAUUCUCCAAAUAUCACAUCAUUAUUAGGCUGUGAUGGCGUGUCCACUGUAUCUGCCGGCAGUAACAGUAACAAUAUCGGGGGCCCUCCAGGUACCUAGCAUUAAUUUUUUUGUACCUGUGAAACUGUGUACAUAUAUACUGUAAUUAAUCAUUUCAAGAUUUGAGAUCUUAAAUUGUGUUUUUGUGAGUUAUAAAACUCACUCAUUAAUUAUUUUCUACCAGUAAGGUUGGUAAUAAUAAUGAGUGAGAAACAAUGUCGAUAAAUUUAGUAUUUUUUAUAUCAAUAUUAAUCGCCUAACUUUAUCGUAGAUAUUAAUGAGUUUAAUUGAAUAACAAUUAUAUAUUAACAGUAUAUAAAUUAAAUUUUAUUGUAUCAUAUUUUUCUUCUUAUUCUUCUUACUAUCAUUUUAAGAUAAUUCAAAUUUUUUUCUAAUUAGUGGUAAUUAUAAUUGAAUUGUAAAUGUAACAUAGCUAUAUAAAUUAUAUUAUAGAUUAAUAUACAAAUAAAAUUUUAUUGUAUCACAUUUUUCUUCUUAUUAUCACUUUAAGAUCAUUGAAACAUUUUUCUAAUUAGUGGUAAUUAUAAUUGAAUUGUAAAUAUAAUAUAACCUAUAUGCCUAUAUUAUAAAUGAUAAUUAUUUUAAUGUAAAUUUAGUAAAUAGAAAUAUAUAUGGUUGAAAUAAUAUUUAAUAAAAUUUUGUUAUGUUUCUGUGAUGUAUAAAUAUUUUCAAAUAAUAAAUACAAAUAAAUUUAA